AUGAGGCAGGAAUGUUCAAUAUGUAAACGAAAACGAAUGUAUUUUUGCUACGACUGUCGCCGUUAUAUGCCUGGAGUACAAGAAUUGGUACCAACCAUUGAGUUGCCUGUUAAAAUAGAUAUAAUAAAACAUGCAAAAGAGAAAAGUUCGAAGAGCACUUCAAUUCACUGUUUACUUUUAUCACCAUUAUCAACACGUCUGUUUAAUCACAAUGAUAAGGAUUUCGAUUAUAACAAUUGCACUGAUACGGUAUUGGUUUAUCCAUCGCAAAAAGCAUUAACGCUUCAGGAAUAUAUUAAUAAAUAUGGUGCUAUUUCGCGAUUUGUUUUUUUGGAUUCCACCUGGCAUCAGGUAAAAAUGCUUCGAAAUUUGCCACAGUUGAAACGCUUACAAGUUGUUCGACUGUCUUCCUACGAAACACUUUUUUGGAGACCACAAAAAGGUUAUGGAAUGGAAUAUUUGGCGACAAUUGAAGCGAUUUAUUAUGCGAUACGUGAACAACAAAAAAUUUUAAAUUCAAAUUAUAAUCGAUCAAUUGAUAAUCUUUUAUUUUGGUUUCUAUUUUUCCGUUCAAAAAUUCCAAAAAAUUAUUUUAAUUUUAAUUAUAGCAAAAAAUAA